CUCAUUUCUUAUUUGGCUUUUAUUUGAGUAUCAGAUAUUUUUCGGAGUAAUAUUUAUUUGUUUUUGUUUUAGUUGAAUAUAAAUUAAGAGAGAACAAAAUUUUGUUAAGAUCAAAUUCCAAUAGAAAUUAUGGCAAAUCGGCACCAGUCCUCACGUAAAUCUGGCCAAAAUGGUAAUAAAAAUUCUAGUCAUCAAACCAAGUCAACGAAAUCAAAGCAACCACUAAAUGGAGAACUCUAUGAGCUGCCAGCAAAGAAUAAGAUGCCAGGUAAAUUACCAAAGAAUUCAGGCCAAAAUCGUCAGCAGCAGCAGCAGCAGCAGCAGCAGCAGCAGCAGCAGCAGCAGCAGCAACGUAAAGCGAAAUUAACCAAAUUAGUGCAAGAUACCAAGCGCACAGAAGCCUCCCGUUCUAAUGUGACCAAGGGUCAGUGCUAUAGUAAUCAUCAAUAUCAUCCACAUUUGGAUCAGCCGCAAUCGUCACGUUGUCUGCAGCGUUGUGGCGGAGGCGCAAGCAGCGUUACAGCAGCAAAUCUCAAAAAUCAUUCAAAACCAUCGAAUACCACCAACACAAAGAUCGGUAAGCGUCACUCGGAAGUGGUUACAAUUAAGGAAGCAAAGGCCAAAGUGAAACCAAAACCAAUCGUCCAAGCCGACAGGGCAGCCAAUCUUAUACAGGAGCAUCGCCAGAAACGUGUCAAAAGUUCAAACAAUCAUACGAAAAACUUUUUUGAUAAAUAUCUAAAAUGUGCAUACGAUUUGAGUACACCCGAAGGUGUAAGGAAAUUGGAAGCACAUUUCUUUCCACCAAGCGAGGAGCCACAGCAGAGUGAGCAGAGAAAGCAGCUACAGCAGCAGCAGCCGGAAAAAUUGCAACCUGGGAAAAUGCCGAAGCCCCAACAACUGACGAACAAGCCGCGAAAUCACACUUAUUCGCAUAAAGAAGAUCCCAUUGAAUACGUUUUGAAUCAAUCGAAAUAUUUUUCGUAUAAUCUUAACAAUUAAUCGUGAAAUGAAUCGAGCACAAAAUUUUGUUGCUCUAAACGAUUAAUAAGUUGGUCAAAAUUUUUUGUUCAUCUUAGGAUGUUAUUUGAAUGUGAAUAAGCCAAUUUAACUUGCAGAUUGAAAAGGAACAAAUUUAAAUAACAGAUUAAAACUACUAUUAGCUUUCAAAA